UCCUUGCUCUAGAGUUUGUGCUGCUGGGGAAUAUAAGUAACACAUGGCAGGUUAAGGGUUAUCAGUCUGACCCAAUAGCAGGGGAGGGUGGGAUAUGACUCAGGAGAAGAUAAUAUGGUUUUGCAUGUUGCACAUACAGCCAAGAGACUGCUCUGCUCUCUAGAUUUGGAGAGUGGGUUCCAAUUGGUGUAUGAGUGUCUCCUGGAAUAACAGGCUCACUGACUUCUAGAAGGAUUCCUACUGGGACAAGACCGGGGAGCUAGAAGACUGAAGAGAAAAUAUACACGUGUGCUUCGGAAAAUGGAUAUUGUGUAUGAUUAUCAGUUUGAAAACGACUCGGAUUAUUGGCUGUGUCACAUUGCAGACAACGGGAGCAUCACCUGUGUCAAUGGAUAUUUCUCCAAUAUGACCCUUCCUGCAAAAGAUAUGCACCAGACUGUGAGGAUUCUGCUCUACUCCCUGAUCUUCCUUCUCAGUGUCCUGGGGAACAGCCUGGUCAUUGCCGUGCUCAUAAGGAACAAGCGGAUGAGAACAGUUACUAACAUUUUCCUACUGUCUCUGGCUGGAAGUGACCUCAUGCUGUGCCUCUUCUGCAUGCCCUUCACUCUUAUUCCCAACCUGCUGCGAGACUUUAUCUUCGGCAGCGCCAUCUGCAAGGCAGCCACCUACUUCAUGGGCAUCUCCGUGAGUGUGUCAACAUUUAACCUGGUUGCCAUAUCUCUGGAAAGAUACAGCGCUAUAUGUAAGCCCCUGCAGUCACGAGUCUGGCAGACUAAAUCCCACGCGCUGAAGGUGAUUGCUGCCACUUGGUGUAUUUCGUUUGCCAUCAUGUCUCCGUACCCAAUUUACAGCACGUUGGUUCCUUUGAACAAGAUUCAGAAUAAGACGACAAACAUGUGUCGUCUUCUGUGGCCCAGUGACCUCACUCAGCAGUCGUGGUAUGUUUUCUUGCUGCUAAUCCUGUUCCUGGUUCCAGGGAUUAUAAUGACAAUAGCAUAUGGCUUCAUCUCUAUGGAGCUUUACAAGGGGAUCAAGUUUGAAGUCAGUCAAAGAAAAGAGCGAUCAAGCAGCAUAAGCAGCAGUCAGUAUGAAAAUGGAGAUGGGUGCUACCUUCAAAGGACCAAGAAAAGGAAGAAGCUUGAAAUGCAGCAGUUCUCCACCCCCCACAAUACCAAGAUUGAAAGAGUGAGGAGCAACAGCUCAGCCGCCAAUCUCAUGGCCAAGAAGAGAGUCAUCCGCAUGCUGAUCAUCAUUGUCAUCCUGUUCUUCAUCUGUUGGACCCCUGUCUUCAGCGCCAAUGCCUGGAGAGCCUUUGACACCGAUUCAGCAGAUAUCAGUCUAUCGGGUGUGCCAAUUUCCUUUAUUCAUUUGCUCUCCUACACCUCAGCCUGCGUCAAUCCCAUCAUCUACUGCUUCAUGAACAAGCGCUUCCGCCUGGGCUUCCUGGCAACAUUCACUUGCUGCACCAAUAGAGGUGUACAGGGCAGGAGAAUGGUCCCAGGAGUAGCAGAUGAAGAGGGGAGGACCACUGGAACUUCUCUGUCCCGAUAUACUUACACCAAUAUCAGUCUUUGUACCACUGCAUCAGCCCCAACAUGAUACUGAGAGUAAAAGCAAGAUACAA